UCACUUGGCUGAUAACGCAAUAAUGCGAACUACAACUCCCAUGAUGCCACACCAAACCUCCAUUGCGUCCACCUUGUGUUUCCACCAAUAAGCUUCUUCCAGCCCAGCCUGAAUGUAUGACGUUAUAUCCUGGAGUGCAGUCGUCAGCUGAGAAAGGUGCUGAGAAGACUUGGAAGAUGGCCGGUGUUUACCUUACGCUCUCGCUGUUCCUGAGUUGUUCAUUGGCUGUUGCCGUGGAGAUCCAGAGACCCAGGGGGGUCUCGCUGUCCAAUCGGCACUUCUAUGACCAGUCGAAGCCUUUUACCUGCCUCGACGGAUCUCGGACCAUUCCCUUUGACCGGGUCAACGAUGAUUACUGUGACUGCAAAGACAGCUCGGACGAGCCAGGAACCUCUGCCUGCCCCCGAGGCAACUUCCACUGCACCAACGCGGGGCACAGACCACAGUACAUCCCCUCCUCCCGCGUCAACGAUGGCAUCUGCGAUUGCUGUGAUGCCACAGAUGAGUACAACAGUGGUUCUGUGUGUGAGAACACUUGCAAGGAGCUGGGGAGGAAGGAGAAGGAGAUCCUGCAGCAGCAGGCCGCGGUCGCUCAGCAGGGCUUCCUGGUGAAACAGCAGCUCAUCGACGAGGCCAAGAAGGGACAGGAGGAGAAGAGGAGGAAGCUGGCGGAGCUGCAGGAGAGCAAGGACGGCAAGGAGGACGAGCUGGAGGCGCUGAGGACAGUCAAAGAGGCGGCAGAGGCCCCAGAGAAAGAGGCCAAGGACCAGCAUCACAAAGUCUGGGAGGAACAAAAAGCAGCUCUCCAGCUGGAAAAGGACAAAGCCAGAAUGGCCUUGGCGUUCCUGGAACUGGAUGACAACGUGGACGGAUUGGUUUCGGUGGAGGAGCUGCAGACCCAUCUCGAGCUGGACCCCGACUCCGAUGGGACCCUCACAGAACCAGAGGCGCAGACCAUGCUGGGAGAAGCUCCUCAGGUAGACCAGACUGCUUUCCAGGACAUCGUCUGGGCCAGCAUCAAAGACAAAUACCAAUCUGAGACUGAACCAGAGACCCCUCCCCAGCCCGAGACCCCCCAGGACCCCCCCCGCGAACGCCUGCCUGAAGAGGAAGGGGAGGAGGAGGAGGAUGACGAAGAGGAAGACGUGGAAGAUGAAGACAUUGAUGCAGAGGAAGAUGACAAGAUUCCACCUGUUGUGAGUCAGACGGAGAAGCCAGAGAAAGAAGAGGAGAUGCCUCCGUACGACGCAGAGACGCAGGCACUUAUUGAUGCUGCUCAGAAAUCUCGUGACACUUUCGAUGAAGCUGAAAAAGGUCUGAGGGACCUGGAAGAGCAGAUAAGGAGUCUGGAGAAAGAGAUUUCAUUUGAUUUUGGACCCAGCGCGGAGUUUUCCUACCUCUACAGCCAGUGUUACGAGCUGACCACUGGAGAGUACGUCUACAGACUCUGUCCUUUCAGUCGGGUGACACAGAAACAGAAGUUCGGUGGAUCAGAAACUAAUCUUGGGACCUGGGGCUCCUGGGCUGGUCCGGAGGAUGACAAAUACUCUGUCAUGAAAUACGAGCAAGGGACAGGGUGCUGGCAAGGGCCCAACCGAUCCACCAUGGUGAAGCUGUCUUGCGGAACAGAGACUGCUGUUGUGUCCACCUCGGAGCCCAGCCGCUGUGAGUACCAGGUAGAGUUCACCACGCCUGCGGUCUGCCAGGAGCCCAAAGACCAGGACCCAGGGUCCCACGAUGAGCUGUAGCAUCCCGGGGAUCGCAUACAGGGACCAAACAAACACUGAAGAAGAACUGAAGGAGAUUCCCCCCCUUUUUUCAAUAUAUUGCAUUGCCCCAGACAGCAGCAAAAGCAAUAAGUAGUUUCACUCGCACGUUGUGAAACAAUCAGGACCAACGGCAGCCCUUCUUUUGUUAGGAGUUUUAUUUGACCUAUAAAUAAAUAAAUAAAUAAAUAAAUAAAAUAAACGAUGAACCACAAAA